AUGCUUUUCGCGAUAUCGUUGUUGUACUGUGCUCUAUUCUCAGUUUCGCCCCCUGAGGUUCAACUUGGCAAAACGAGGCUCAUUGGAAGAGAUAUCACAGGGCUACAGCAAGAAUUCUUUGGAGGUAUUCCGUUUGCCGAGCCUCCGGUUGGAGCCUUGCGUUUGCAGCAUCCUGUAUUGAAAACGGAUAUUGACGCCGAUGAAUUCGACGCCGAGAAUUUCGGACUACCCUGUCCACAACGCGGCUAUGCAACCGAUGCGAUGUCAGAGGAUUGCUUAACUAUCAACAUAUUUCGGCCCAAGCGGACGUCUUCACAAGAGCUCUUGCCCGUGAUGACAUAUGGCGGUGCUUUCUCUUACGGUGCUUCGUCGUCUUUCAAUGGAAGCAAUAUUGUCGCCCAAAGCGUUGCUAGAGGCACCCCCAUUAUCUAUGUGAACCACAAUUACAGGCUAGGGCCACUAGGCUUCCCUCAAGGACAGGAGGCUGACAACAGAGGACAGCUCAACCUCGGAGUAAGAGACCAGCUGGCCGCCCUAGAAUGGGUCCAGGAGAAUAUCGGUUUAUUUGGUGGCGACAAAAACAAGGUGACGGUUUUCGGAGAAAGUGCUGGAGCCAUAUUGACGAAUCUCCUGUUUCUCCACCCGUCGAUCUCCAACUUGGCCAGGGCUGCGAUAUUUGAAUCUGGUGCUUCGUCUUCACCCGUAACUUAUAGUGCAUCUGCACGAGAAUCUGCUUGGCAGAACUUCGUAGCAAGGACACCCGGCUGCGAGUCUGUCUCCGGCACGCAGAGCACUUUUGACUGCCUGCAGGCGGCGAACUCGUCGGCUAUAUCUCAAGGAGUUGUGCAGUCCUCUACAGUGGUCGCUAAAGACUUCGCUUUUUAUCCUGUACUAGACGGUCCUUCAGGUCUUCUUCCCGAUUUGCCGUCACGUCUCUGGGCAAAGGGCCAGUUUGCCACGCUCCCCUUCAUAUCAGGCACGAAUCUAGAUGAAGGAACAGGCCUCCUGCCGACAAAUCUCAGUUACACUGACGAAGACAUCAAGGAUUAUAUGUUAGCCGCUUACUCACCUUUCCCACCUGCUAUCCCUGACACUAUCCUGGACCGACUUCUCGAACUGUAUCCUGAUGAUCCAUCCUUGGGAUCUCCAUAUGGCACCGGAAAAGAGACUUUUGGUUUACCGUCAGGCUUUAAGAGACUAGCUGCCAUGAGCGGCGACUUGACCUUUGACGCUCAACGUCGGACAUGGACACAGACUGCUGUACGAUCAGGCGUGAAAGCAUACGGGUACCAAUUCACGCAGCGUUCAUCGUCGUAUAAGCCCGAAUUGGGAGACUUCGUCUAUGGACGACUCGAUUCCUCCACUGAGCCCGCUUCGUCGAUCUUGUUGAGUGAAAUGAUGGUCGAUUAUUGGGUUUCUUUUGCUACGAGCUUGGAUCCCAACGAUGGUUUAGGAACGUGUCGUCCUUUCUGGCCACAGUACACGGCAGAGAAUGAAGUGCUCUUACAACUGAAUGGCGAUAAUAUGACAGCUAUUCCGGACGAAUAUCGGGGGGAAUAGAUUGAGUUCCUUAGGGAUAAUGCUGACGCUUUUCAUCAGUAAAGCAAGUGUGUCUAGUAGCUUCCUCGUUUCAGCAAGCAUAGCUUUUCGUUCUGAGAA